AUGGUUUCAAAUCCUUACAGGGCUAUCCAAGCGAAGCAAGCCCCAAGUACAUUCACAGUGUACCAAGCCUAUUCCCCCGACAUAGCCGAACCAGCACUCAAAGCCCAAGCAUUCGUCCCACCAUUCUCGCGAGAAAGAAUGACAUGGAUCAAGCCCUCUUUCCUAUGGCUGGCAUACCGAUCAGGCUGGGCAACAAAGUCCCAACAAGAACCCAUCCUGGCGAUAGAAAUCACUCGUGAGGGAUUCGAAUGGGCAUUGCGCCACUCCUGUUUGAGUCGAUAUAGGCCGGAUGUGGAGGCAAGCCAGGAGGAGUGGCAGAAGAAACUGCGUACCAGACCAGUGCGCAUUCUAUGGGAUCCCGAGCGGGAUCUAUUAAUGCGGUCUUUGAGUUAUCGAAGUAUUCAGAUUGGGUUGCGUGGGGGAGGCCGUUGGGAAAGACGUUGA